AUAACAUAAGACUGGGCCGACCGGAGGCGGUACAGAGUAAAAAUAUUUCUGGUCUCGCGAUUUUCUCCUUGUAAAAGUCUUCCAACAUGCCUGGCGUGGACAAACUUCUGCUGGAAGAAGCUUUAGAAGACGCUCCGCAGACGCGUUCCCUGCUGGGUGUGUUUGAGCAGGAUGUGGACAUUUUAAACCUGUACAGCUCCGAGCUACUGACGGCCUGUCGUAGGCUGGUUAAUACACAGCACAAUUUGGGGUCGGCGACACAGGAACUCUCCAAGCAGUUACUGCAUUAUGAGAAACUGCGGUUUCCCCUGGCUGGUGAGGACACCAUCAUCAACUCCACCAUCCAACAGUUUGCCAAGACUGUAGACGAGAUUAGUUCCUGGCACGCUGUCCUGGCCACUCAGCUGGUGGACGGACUCAUGUUUCCUCUCAACAAGUUCAUGGAGAACGACGUCACAGAGGCCAUCACACUACGAGAGUCCUUUAGACAAGCAAGUGAAGAACAUGAUGCUGCCAUCACCAAAUACAGCAGACUGUCCAAGAAAAGGGACACAGAAAAGGCUAAACUGGAAAGGCAAGAGGCCAAUGAUGAGCUGCACAUGGCCAGGAGGAAGUUCCAUCAGAUAGCCAUGCAGUACUACGCAGCCCUGAACUCCCUGCAAUACAAGAGAAGAUGCGCCAUGUUGGAACCUUUUGUAGGCUACAUACAGGCACAGGUGAGUUUCUUCAGGAUGGGUCAAGACAUCAUGAACCAGCAGCUGGAGGACUUCUUAAAGAACAUCUCCACUUCAGUCGGCAAUGUUAAGGCAGAGUUAUCUGAAGAGUCCCAGAGACAGGAGCUGCUAAUAAACACCAUCCUGGCAGAGGCACAGGUGUCCAACAUCUACUCACCUGAACCUCUAACUACUCACCAGGAGGAACCAGAAAAAGAGAAGAGUGAGGGAGAGGAAGUGGAGAAGGCCCAGCAGCCUGUGGAGGUCGUAAGGUCAGCCAACAAAACUCUCACCCAGAAGGCAGGCUACCUCAACAUCAGGAGCCGACAUGGCCUGCUGCACCAGUGGGACAGGAUGUACUUCUUCACACAAGGAGGGAACCUCAUGAGUCAGGCCAGGAACCAGUUUGCAGGCAGCCUAGUGAUGGACCUAGACAACACCACAGUAGAAUCUACAGACGUGGACGACAGGAGGUUUGUCUUCCAGAUCAAGUCACCCGAGAAAAAAGGGCCCAAAUAUGUUCUUCAGGCUGACAGCGAAGCAGAACAGGAGGAGUGGGUUUCAACACUACACAACAUCUCACAAGGACUGUACCUCAAGGAUAACCCACAGGAGGCCAUGGCCCAGAUGCUAGGAGUUGACAAGUCCAUAGAAGUAGCAGAGGAGCAGGCGUUUACCGGCAUGGGGGACCUGGCAGAGGCUCAGGCUCAGGAGCAGGAGGCAAAGGUGGAGGCAGCAGCAGCAGCCGCGGCAGCUUCAGCUGCAGCAGCUGCGAAAACCGAAGCUCCUGCAGUCAAGACUAAGGAGACCAAGGAGAAGAAGGGAUUCGGGAUUAAUUUGAUGGGCAGGUCCAGGAAAACCAGCGGUAGUAGCAGCAGCAGCAGUGGAGGGGGAGGGGGGAAGGAUCCAUCCUCUGGAGUCACCCUCCCUCUGGACAUGAUCGCAGCCACACCAAUACAGUUUGAGAUCAUCCCAAUGGGGGAGGAGCACCAGCAGGAGGAACAGCCGAAAGACGGACCUCCAAGAUUUGCAUCAGUGCCGUCGGGACCGGCCUUCACCAGAACAUUUGCUGCAAGAUUUCUGGGGUCGAUGGAAGUCGGUGCAGACAGAGGAUCAGAGCUGAUAUUUGCAGCCAUGCGGCAGAUCAUGGCAGCGAGGGCCAUACACAGUAUCUUCAGGACACAGGAACUACAGAUUAUCAUCAAUAACGACUCACUCAGACUGGUGGAGCAGGCCAACAAUGUAGUCAUGAUGGAGUUUGGUCUGGAGAAUAUUUCUAUGUGUGCAGCACACAAGGAGAACACAAGACUGUUUGGGUUCAUUGCAAGAGGACCCAAGGUGGAAGGUGAAAGGUCGAAGUUCACCUGCCAUGUAUUUGAAGCGAAUUCUCCAGGGACAGAGAUCUGCCAGGCAGUUGCUGACGCCACACAGAACGUUCUCAAACAGAAGCAGGAGGAAGCCUCCGCUGAGAAGCAGAAGGAGAUAGAAAAUAGCAUCCUGGAGAACAUGAUGGCAACAUCUGCAACCCCCCCUUCAUCCCCGUCCAGUGGUUCCUCCCAGAUGACCAACGGUACUGGUACCACCUCCACCAGCAGUCUCAUGUAGGUACCAACAGCAGUACCUGCACUAUUUUUGGCUGUCUCGUAGGUACCAACAGCAGUACAACCCACUGCAAACUGCACUAUUCUCAGCAGUCAACAGCAGUCUCAUCUAGGUACCUGCACUAUUCUUGGCAGUCUCAUGUACAUAAUAGUGUAGGUACCAACAGCAGUACCUGCACUGUUACCAGCAGUCUCAUGUACAAUGUAGGUUCUUGCAGCAGUACCUGCACUGUUCUCACCGCUUUCAGUGUACAGGAAAACUGUUAAUGUUGAGUUACUGCAGGAGACAAUGUUGAUUUUAGGUGAUUUUUGUUCCAACUCGCACUGUGUAACAAUCCAAAGCUCCAGACUGUUCAUGGUUGCUGCUGUGCGCUGCAUGUUUGGGUGGCUGGUAGUUUGUAGACAGGUUUGCAGUUGGCUGGGUGAUGCUGACUGUGGUAUCCAGAACCGUGCCUGUCUAGCGCUGUGUCCAAAUGGGUUAUGGUUCAGAUCUGGCACAUAGGCAUGUUUCUGUAUAUGUGUGGACAAUCCAGAGCUGUGCCUGAGCAUGAUUCUGGAUGCAACAGUGACUGCUCGCAGGCUGGAUGUGUUUUGUGGGGCUGACUUUUUACACAGUGCAUUAAGGAUUUCUUGCUUUUUGCAUCAGUGGUACCGGUGUAGGUGUUAGUUUGCUUUUGAGCAGUUAAAGGCAAUUGCAUUCUUCAAAAGCUCUUCAGUAGUGCCAAAUCAAAAUGACACUUCAAAUGCAACUCUUUUUGCUGCUGCUGCACAAGUUUGGGUUAGUGUUACCCAUGGUACCAUUUAUUCACCAUUUUCAAAUUAUCAGGUUGUACAGACCCUCCUCCCCAACAUAUAUGUGGCAUAAGCUGUAACCAUAAUAUCCUUCAUAACACCAAAUCACAACUACUUCCAUCCUGCCCAAUCACCUAGCACAUGCUUCAGUUUUUAAGUUAAAUUCCAGCUUGUUUAACCACAAUGCAUUGUUCAUUGCAAAGAUCACAUCCCUGCCACUAACCAUCAGACAAUAAUUUGCUUUGCAAUAAUAAUUUUCAACAUUCGACAUAAUAAUUCUAACUACCACCAUGACAACUAACAUAUCAACAAGAAUCAGUAGGAUCGAGACUAACCAAAUGCAUGGAUCUCAGCCUAUGCCACAUCUAUAUUGGGGUUCGGGAAUUGUUACCAAAUCUCAGUCACACGUUUCGUUUUUCAGAAACUUGGAUUGGGACCAUCGCGAGUCCGAAGCUUAGCUUAAAGUCACAAUGGGGCUUGUGGGCUGCCUCAUACUGAAGAAUAUGCAUGCUGAAACUUUUGGUCCCAAUUUUGAAAUUAGAAAUUUGGAUAUGUACAUACGCCAAAAAGCAGUUACUCCAGCAACUGGAUAUGAUUUUUGAAAACGUCAGACGUUUCAGCUAGUAUCCACUAGCUUUUCGUCAAUGACUGAGAGACCAGAGGGGAAAUGCAGGUUUAUAAGCAUUUUGUAUAUGUACAUGUAUGAGAACUCGCAAUUCAGCCUUUGAGCUGCAAAGAGUUUGGAACAAAUAAUAAACCAUUGUAUAGCUAGAUUUUCAAUGAUUGACUUUCAUAUAAAAUAAAUCAUGAAUUUUUGAACCCUGCAUUACCUGGUUAUCUAAUAAUAGGUAUUGCCAUAAAUGUUCAAUAAUUGCUAUGCUUAGGUACAAAAAUAAGAUCCUGCAGAAAGAUGUGUGAUUUUCAGGCAGUUUUUUGUCUGUCCUUUGCUAGUCAGGGAGUUGAACCAAAAUCUGUAUCUUAGGUUUUGACUGGGAUUGUUGGUGCAGUACCAUCAUGUGUAUAUAGAGGGCGCAGCUGAAUCAGUUUGAUGUUUCAUGUACUGAAAAGUUGAUCCAGCAAAAAUAGUUAAAUGUGUUUGGUGAUAAAAUUGUGUUCUGUUGAUUUCUCUGAAUGACAGACAUGUAUGUAGAACUGUUUUAAAAUGUCUUAUUCAGGUGGUAAUUUUGGAGGAUGAAACUAACAGUUAUUUGCCUGUAGAUGCACUGUAUAAAAGCCAUAAGAAGACUGCAGGUAUAUUUGUAAUUAAGAGGCUUGAUGAAGAAACAAGUUACUACAGCACAGUAUAAUUGAAAUACAUGUAGGUCUCUUGUACACAAGGUGCUUAAUAUAUACUAUUAUUAGAUGUAAAGGCUUUAAAUUUGCCAAUGGUUUGUCUGUAGUUAGUUAACUGAGUAAACUUUGGUUUU